CACCACCUCCUCCUCCCUUCUUGACACCAACACUGCUGCCACCCACACCCUCAACCCUCUGGAAGAUCUGCCAUCUGAGUGUAGGGUGGCUUUUGCACUUCUCAGGACCUGGGUCCAGCCAUACGUAGGGUCAGAGGCACUGAGGGAUUUGUAAACUUGUGAUUGAGAUCACCAGAAUUGAACCCUGGGUCUCCUCUUCUCUGUUUGGUAUUUAUAGGUCUCUUUCUCCUACCAGGAUUACAACAAAAACCCGACAUGCCUCUGGGAACACCUGCCCCCGUAAACAAGCGGAAAAAGCCCUCCAAGAUCAUAACUGACCUAUCACAUAUCGCUCAGGAUGAGUAUGAGUCGGAGCCGGAGGCAUCUGAGUUCGACCUGGGAACAAAGAUCAGGACUCCCAAAGACAUCAUGCUGGAGGAGCUUUCCCUGAUGAAGAACCGAGGCUCCAAGAUGUUCAAGAUGAGGCAGAAGAGAGUGGAGAAGUUCAUCUAUGAGAAUAAUCCUGACAUCUUCAGCAGUGAGUCAAUGGACAACCUCCAGCAGUUUGUUCCUUCUCUGGGAGGUCAGAUGGGCAGUCAGAUGAUAAACCUUGGUGGGCAUUUUGUUAGCAAGCAGGGUGGACUGAAUUUCAUAGGGCUACACACUGGAGGAGGAGCCCCUGUGCCUCCUCCAAAGCCUGGAAGCAAAGGUGCAGGUGCAGGUGCAGGUGCAGGUGCAGGAGGAGCAGGAGGAGCAGGAGGUGCAGGAGGACUGGGUGGAGGUGAUCAUGGGAAAGAUGAAGGAGCCAGUGGGUGGUCUCCACUAAAAGGAGGUGGAACAGAUGACGCAUCUAAGAAGCUUAUUCAUGUGAAGACAUACAUAUCGCCAUGGGAGAAGGCCAUGAAGGGUGAUGCGGGUCUGGUUGCCACUCUGAAAACAGCAAUGCCUGGUCCCACUGAGCACAAGGAUCUGCCCAAAUACAGAUCCUUCAACAGGACUGCCAUGCCCUUUGGUGGCUUCGAGAAGGCCAGCCAGUUCCUGAAAUUCCAGCUGCCAGAAAACGAGCCGACCAAAGAGGAGCCUGAACCAGCAGUGGUAUACCAGCAUGAGAUCGGCUGCCGGCCUUCCUUCAACCGCACUCCUAUUGGCUGGGUGGGCAGCAGUGAGCCCAGCAGUAUCCAUAUGGAGAAUGAUGCUGUGCCCUUCGAUGGAGAGACCGACGAGCUGUGAAAAAAUAUUCAUACUGUGAUCACUCACCCACUCACUGUGCACAUACACACACGCAAGCAUGAAUGCAUGCAUACACACUAGCAUGCACAGAAACCAUAGAUGAGCUUACAAUUAACUGUUGUACUGAUGAAUUUGAAUCUCUGUGUGGAUAACUGAAAUCAUACAUGAAAUGUGGUCAUGUUCUUGCUCUGUAUUUGGUUGUAAGGCAAAGAAAAAAGUUUAGAUGUUACGAGAAUAUGAAACAUCAAACAUUUCAUUUGUUAAGUUCAUAAGUGGAGUCUAAACACUCCUUUAAUUUGUCAGAAAAGUUGUUGUUUUUGUGAGAAGUUGCAGAUUUUGUCAAUGAGGAAAGAAUGAAUCAUGUAUGAAGGAUUGAUUUAUGCCAAUUACUGUUGAACAAACUGUCUUCAUGUCAACUUAUUACCAUAUUUGUUAUUUCCUAGUGCCUUUUUUGUUGUUAAGAAUCUCCGAUCUUUUGUUGAGCUAUGAAAACGCUACAAACUUGUCUAAUUCAGGAUGCAUGCAUAGAGUCAGUGGUUGAUUCACUAACCAACAGUUUAUCCACAGUUAACCAUUUAAA